UGCAGAAUUAAAGUCUACCGGCACCGCUCACACCUUCUCCUUUUUGCUGAACUCUACCGACUAUCGGAUCCUUCGCAUGGAUGAGGACCACGACCGCAUGUAUGUGGGCAGCAAAGAUUAUAUCCUCUCCCUGGAUCUGCAUGACAUCAACAAGGAGCCGCUCAUAAUCCACUGGCCCGUUGUCCCCCAGAGGAAGACUGAAUGUGUCCUGUCAGGGAAAGACACCAAUGGUGAAUGUGGAAACUUCAUCCGUCUGAUCGAGCCGUGGAACCGGACCCACCUGUAUGUGUGUGGAACAGGCGCGUACAACCCCAUCUGCACCUACGUGGACCGAGGACGCAGGUCACAGGGAUCCCACUUCCUACAGGCAGCCAACUCUGGAGGGAGAACAAAUCGGGCAGCAGACUACAGCGAUACAUCAGAGCCUUUGGAGGCGAAGGAAUACAUUUUCCGACUUGAACCUGGUAAAGUGGAUUCUGGAAAAGGAAAAUGUCCUUAUGACCCCAAACUGAACAGCGUCUCUGCUUUGAUCAAUGGAGAGCUGUAUGCAGGUGUCUACAUUGAUUUCAUGGGAACAGACUCUUCUAUCUUCCGUACGAUGGGGAAGCAGACAAUCAUGAGGACGGAUCAGUACAACUCCAGAUGGUUAAACGAUCCCACAUUCAUUCACGCACACCUCAUCCCAGACAGCGCUGAGAAGAAUGAUGACAAGCUCUACUUCUUCUUCAGAGAGAAAGCCUCUGAGAUGGGCCAAAGUCCCAUGACCCAGUCCAGGAUAGGGCGUAUCUGUCUGAACGAUGACGGUGGACACUGCUGUCUGGUCAACAAGUGGAGCACGUUCCUGAAAGCCCGCCUCAUCUGCUCUGUGCCUGGAGCUGACGGCAUCGAGACCCACUUUGAUGAAUUAAGGGAUGUGUAUAUCCAGCCAACACAAGACAACAAGAAUCCUGUCAUCUAUGGAGUCUUCUCAGUGUCAGGAGCUGUGUUUAAAGGCUCGGCGGUGUGCGUCUACUCCAUGGCUGACAUCCGGAUGGUCUUCAACGGGCCUUUUGCCCACAAGGAGGGGCCCAACUACCAGUGGGUGGCAUACACUGGGAAGAUCCCGUACCCACGACCUGGCACUUGUCCUGGAGGCACUUUCACCCCCAACAUGAAAUCCACAAAGGAUUACCCAGAUGAGGUUAUCAACUUCAUGAGAAACCACCCCACCAUGAACAAUGCCAUAUACCCAGUGCACAAGCGCCCCCUGGUGGUCAGAACCAAUGUGGACUAUGAGUUCACCACAAUUGCAGUGGACCAGGUGGUGGCUGCUGACGGGAACUACGAGGUGCUCUUCCUGGGGACAGAUCGGGGGACAGUCCAGAAAGUGAUUGUCCUGCCCAGAGACGACUUGCAGACAGAGGAGCUGGUCUUAGAGGAAGUUGAAGUCUUUAAGGUUCCCACGCCAAUCACCACCAUGAAGAUUUCAUCAAAAAGG